UUCAACAUCGAGGAGAUGAAAAACAAACACCUUGCUGUGUUAAAUAAACACAAGGAUGAAAUCACGCAAAGCAUUAAAGAACUCAAAAGGAUAAUUCAGGACCUGAAGAAAAUACUGCAUAAUAAUGAUGUUUCAUUAGCAUUUACUUACAAAUCUAAAAAUGCCGAGUUUAGAAAACUACCCUCUACAGUCCGAAUAUUACAUUACCAAGUUUUUCUCCAUCCGCAAUAAUGAAAGACCAGCUCAAUGAAAUGUUUGGUUCUCUGUCGCCAUUAUCCAUCAACACAAAACAAGCCUACAGAAUGGAGUCACCAGAAGUUGUAUUGUCUCCUCCAGUAAGACCACUGCUUGAUGAACCGCGAAUUACCGCCACCAUAGACACUGGGCAUAGUCCACUAUUCAGUGUUAGCUGUCUCGGUGAAGAACAAGUCUGGACAUGUGGGAAGAACAAAAUAAUAAAGCUCCUCAACCUCCAGGACAAACUACUAACAUCAAUACAAACCGAGUCAGGGAACGAUCCACGGGACAUAACAGUUUCAUGGGACGGAGAUCUUCUUUAUACUGACCCUGGUAAUAAAACUGUAAAUCUAGUGAAGAAUAAACAGGUACAGACCGUGAUCAGAUUACAGGGGUGGAAACCUCUCUAUGUCUGCACUACCAUCUCUGAUGAUCUCCUGGUUACCAUGAUAAGUGAUGGUUACAAACAAUACAAAGUUGUGCGUUACUUUGGCUCCACAGAGACGCACAUUAUUCAGUUUGAUGAUCAGGGUCAACCUCUCUAUUCAUCUGAUGACAUGAAAUAUAUCAGUGAGAACAGAAACUUGGACAUAUGUGUGGCUGACUGGGCAGCCAAAGCAGUAGUUGUGGUCAAUCAGUCAGGAAAACUCCGAUUUAGAUACACUGGUCAUCCCUCUAAUAUCGAGGAACUAUUCUAUCCAUGUGGCAUCACUACAGACAGCCAGAGUCAUAUCCUGACAGCAGACUGUAACAAUGACCGUAUCCACAUCCUAGAUCAGAACGGACAGUUCCUCCGUUACAUUGAUACUUAUUAUAAAAGCAGUCUUUGGGGGCUCCUCCGUUACAUUGAUAAUAAAUGUAACAUACGCCAUCAAUGGGGUUUAUGUGUGGACAUCAGAGACAAUCUCUUUGUGGCUGAGUGUGACACCGGUCAAGUAAAACAAAUCCAAUAUCUAUGAACACAGAGUUAAAGACAUAUUUAAUAUGGAGUGUCAAAUUAACACAAGCUAUCUUUAUCUAUAAAUGUAUAUAUCAGUAAAUUAAUUAGAGAUGCGAAUGAGCCAAGGUGAACUUCAUUCUCAUAACUUCAUAUCAGUGUUGAGAAGAUAGAUAUAUAUUUACAGAAAUGUACAAAAUCUAUAAUAGAUAGAAAAUAUCAGAGGCAUUAAGAAGCGUUAAGCAGGUAGUCUGAAUCAUCCCGACGAUUAUGUAUACGCUAACACCUCACUAGUGUGGGGAGUUGGCGUAUACACAAACGUCGGGAUGAUCCAGACUAUGUUGUUAACCAAGAGAGCUAACUCUCACACGUAGGUCAUACGCGACGUCUUUAGCAUGUCAGCAUUUAGCUGGUGACGUCUCCGCGAUUGAAUUGUUUUGUUUUUUUCCAAAUCGUUUCCUUCUUCUUUACAACGAACCCAUCAAAAUGUUUAGCUCGAGACAAAUUUUUUUCCUGAGAAUUCAAUGAAUAAUACAUGUAAUUUGCCUACAUUUUACGAUCCUAAGGUUUAAAAAACGUGUCAAGUAAAAAUAUAUUAUACCUAUAUAUACAUGUAAAUAAGUGAUACAUAGAGGAUAUCUAUAUUGCGUGUUUUGAUAUUUAGUUUAUUCAACUCGUUGGAUAAACCAAAAUAUCAAAAUACGCAAUUAUAAAUGUCCUAUUUAUCUCAUACGUCUUCUUUUCGCUUAAUUUUGAGAUGAUCCCCAGUAUAGUAGAAACAACUGAUUGUAUUUGAUUUGAAUCCGUGGCUUAGACAUCUUACUUAUUAAUCUUCCUUACGCGGGAAAAAACAGUGCGCUUAUAGCCUAAUCCAUUCAUGCAUAUUACAAAGGGCAUUUUUAUAAAAGAAACCAUGGAUGAAAAUUGUUUCAGAAGGAAUUAUAGGUUAUAAUUAAUAAUGGUUUUGCCAUUUCAACAAAAUAACAACUAUUGACCGAGCAUUUAUAUUUUGACGUAGGUUUGACCUUCUGAUAAAAAUUUGAUGUCGCCGUCUGUUUGAUUGUAUAUCAACGAUCAAUGAAAAUGAAAUUUUAAUGCAGUGUUAUCAGAAUGUUCAACAGUUUACAAUGAAAAGUAGAAGUUUUUGUGUAUUUGAAUUUUAUUCAUGUGGUUUCAUUGGAUCUGAGGGCGAGAGGAAAUCCUGAAGGAUGAAAAUUGUUUUAUAAGGGAUGAUAGUAAAGAUGUUGAAAAUUACAUUCAAUAUGGCUCCAAAGAAAAGAGACUGUGAAUGCUUGGUACCGCAGCAUGUCGAGGUACUGUCGAUUAGGCCUGUCCAGGAGGCGGUUGAUUCCUUGUUGAUAAUUAUAGUGUGGACAUUUCUUUGUUUUUUUAUCGCAAAUGUUUGAGUAGUUAUUGAUGGAGUUGACAUUUUUGUGGCCGGUAACUUGCAUUAUAUGUCAGUGGGGGAAUAUCAUUUUAAUUUUGCAAUAAAAGAAAUUCUACAUAAAUACAGAAUAACAAGUUAUACGCUUUAUUCCAUGCAUCGAUAUGCAUAAACACAGAAAAUAUGUCAUCCAAGCGGGGAUAGUGUCAAAAGUAGUUCGGACCGGAAGUGCUUUAUCAAACGGGCGUGUGAUAAAGCUAAUGCUUUAUCUCACUCGCAAUAUACACCACACGUAUGAGAUAAACGAUAAUAUCCAAGGUGAUAAAUCAUUGUUAAAAGAUAACGAUACAGGGUCACUGUGACCUCUAUCAGGAAGUGACGCUAUCUUUAUCUUGGGUCACCUUGAUGAUGUUAUAUGGGUAUAGGUCAAUCGGAGCGCUUCGCCCUUGACUCAGUAAAAUAUGUAAAGAUGUAUACCUUACAGAAUAAAGGGUGAGGGGUUCCGAUUUGGGUUUAGGUGUGAAUGUAUCAAUAAUACAGGUACAUUGUAUAGCUUUUUUUUUAAGUUUGCCAAUUUUAAACUUUAAAGAGAGAACUUGAAUUAUCUCUUUGUUUUCAUUAUUGAAAUGUGCUGAAAUGGAUAUCCUAACAAAAACAGUAUCCUGAGGCCCAUUGAAUAAGAGUUUCUUUGCAAGUAUAGCCUUGAAUAUGAAUGGUAUUUGUACUGAUCAAAAACCAUUGUUCCCCAUAUUAACACUGAUUAAAGCCUCUAUAUCAAAUAUGUAGUUGUUUUCUAAGAUCAAGGGGGAGGGAUGCAGGGUUGAGCCAAUCAGGAAUCCUCGGAUGAUUUCGUUACGCUUUAGCAACACUUCACAAAUCUCGGUUGCGAUUGAUGUAGGGAUAUGCACCGAUUUGUUACGUUUCUCCGCCGGAAGUACUUGUUUUCAAUGUUUGGAACUUUUUCAAGCAAGAAUUCGGGGAAAUUAACUGUUUUUUAGCAUUGGGAAUGGGAAUGGGACCUUAUUUCUGCCCCCCUUACAAACCCUGAAAAAAAACCCACCCAGGAAAGGUUAACUGAAUUGUAAAUUACUUUUUAAAUAAACUACAUCGGUUAUUAUUUUUUUUAAAACGUAAAAUAACUGUAAAGUUUAAGGUUCGAUAAUAAAUGAAGAUGAAACAGAUUCUGAAAUGGACAAUUUCCUCAUGUCCUGUGCCCCCUUACGUGAAGAGAAAGAGGGUAAAUUUAGUUUGAUUUAUACCCAUCCAGAGAGUUCAGUGGAUAAGAAGGAAAUUGGGAAGAUGUUAUAAGAAACAAAGUGUAUAGAGAAAGAGUCUCUGUUGUUGUUAUGGAUGAAGUUCACUUGAUUUCUGAAUGGUAUUUACAGGGGAAUUUGAAAGUUCACCAUUGUGCAAUAUUAUCAGUGUUUGUUUGUUGUCUUGAGACUGACAGGUGAUUGGGAGGAUCAAAAAAUUCAAAAUAUA